GGUGCGACGCUAUCGAUCGACCGCUUUCGAAGACCACCAUUUUCUUUUCUUUUUGGCGUGGCGUCGGUCCGGAGUGGUUGUGUUGAGAACGCCGAAAAGUUGUUAUUUGUGUUUUAGAUUAAUUAAGCUUAAAGUUUUGACAAACAGUUUCUUGUAACGUUGUAUUUAGUAUAAAAAGAAAAAUGAGGCCGCAACAAAACGGAGAUGACGGUUUUGAUGAGCCAGAAGUUCACCGAAAAAUCUUCAUCGGUGGUCUGAACUACCGCACGUCGGACGAAUCAUUGAAGUCUCAUUUCGAAAAAUGGGGGGAAAUAGUCGACGUUGUCGUCAUGAAGGACCCCAAGACCAAGCGGUCCCGUGGAUUCGGGUUCAUUACUUACUCGAAAGCUCAUAUGGUCGAUGACGCGCAAAACAACCGGCCCCACCGCAUCGACGGAAGGGUGGUUGAGACUAAGCGCGCUGUUGCUCGCCAGGAUAUUAAAAAUCCUGAAGCUGGUGCCACGGUCAAGAAACUGUUUAUUGGUGGCAUUAAGGAUGACCAUGAUGAGGAACAACUCCGAGAGUACUUCUCGAGUUACGGGACCGUACAGAAUGUUAGCAUCGUCACCGAUAAAGCUACUGGCAAAAAGCGUGGCUUCGGAUUUGUGGAAUUUGAUGACUAUGACCCAGUGGACAAAGUUUGCUUGAAUGUCCCCCAUAAAAUCGGUGGUAAACAAUUGGAUGUUAAGAAAGCAUUGCCUAAGGAUGGCUCUGACCAAAGAGGAGGUGGUGGUGGCAGACAAGGCCAAGGCAGAAACGACAACUGGGGUAACGGAGGAGGCUAUGGUAACAACCAGGGAGGUUGGAGUAACUCAAAUCCAUGGGAUAAUAACCAGGGAGGAGGAGGAUGGGGAGGAAACCAGGGGGGUGGUGGUUAUGGAGGCGGCGGAAACCAACGCGGAGGGGGUAGCUGGGGUGGAAAUCAAGACUUUGGCAACUAUGGCCAGCAAAGCUAUAGCGGGGGCCCCACUAGAAAUCAGCAAUACACUAACAAUCGUACUACACCAUACAACAUGAACCAGGGUGGUGGCGGUGGCGGCAGUAGCGGAGGCUACGGCGGCGGCAGCAGCUAUGGUGGUGGCCAAGGAAGAGGAGCUCGCUUCUAAAUCCAGGUUUCGUGCUAAGUACACUAGUAAAGCAGUGUUAAACCGUGCUAGUGUAGGCAGUACGCUCCGGAGCACUAGUUACACACCUCAUGGUCCACACGCGAGACCACCUAGGAGAAGCCGUCAGGAAAACCUUAGAAAUUAGCUGGAGUUCUUGUCUCAUUCAUAGAAAUAUGAAUUAGAAUAUUUUAAAAUGUGUACUGAUCUAUGUAAGUUGGUCUUCUAUUUAUUGUAGUACUUAGGUACUUACCGUGACAUACUUUUAAGGAAAUAGCUAUGUAAAAUGAAAAUUAGAAUUACAUUUUUUACAGUAAUAAAGUACAAUCUAGGAUAAUGUAAGAACUCCCUUUUUAGUAGAUGCUAGGUGUAUGAGAUCGAUUAAUUUUAUUUGACAUAGAAUAUAAAGAAUCAUGAUUCAGACUAUUUUUCCUGACUUUUACUCAGUAUUAAGUUCUCAAUUAGCUGUUAAAUGAAAAUAUAGGCAUAUAAUUAAAUCUGUAGGUUAAUUUAAUGUAAAAUAAAAUUUAAUACAAACUG